AUGAUUGUGCAAUCAUGUCGAGCCAGGCGUCCUCUCCGCCACUUCUCGUGCCUCAUCACCGCUCCUCAUCCACGCUUCUUUCACUCUUCGCCGUCCCAGAAAGAUGACCAUGGCAUCCCUAACCACUACGAAACCCUCGACAUCCAACCCAAUGCCUCUCCGGUAGAGGUCAAAAAACAAUUCUACAAACUCUCCAAAUCCCACCAUCCCGACCUCCACCCCAACGACCCCACGGCACCACAACGCUUCGUCAAAAUCAGCGAAGCCUAUGCCACCCUAGGCUCGCCCGAGAAGCGCUCUCGCUACGACCGCGACUUCCACCGCGCCCAUUCGCCCCCCUCCUCCUCCGGCCCUCGCCCGUCCGGCUCCUACUCCUCCGCUUCCACCACCCCUUUCGGCGGCCGCCCCGCCAGCGGCCUCAGUCGCCGCCGCACGCAGUUUCGCGGCCCGCCGCCCUCCUUCUACAGCAGCGGCGGCUGGGGCCAGCACAGCGAGAAGCGAGGAUCCGCCGCGUCGCAAGCAUCACACACCCAUGAAGCGCAGGGGGAGGCGGCGAGCAACAAUGUCGGAGGAGGCAUGGGACCGGGCGGGUUCACGCACGGCUGGGACAACGAUGUGCGGCAUUUUGAUCAGAGGGCGCAUACGCAGACGCACAGCAAUAUCGAGCAGACGCGGCACAAGGCAAGAAGGAGAAGGGAAGUGCGGAGUGACGAUACGAGCCCGGAGUCGAGUGGAGGGAGUGUCUUGUUCAACUUUCUGUGGGUCAGUGGGACGCUUGUAGGCCUGCUCUGGGUGCUUCGGACGUGGUCUGUACCACCAAAAACAAAAGCACGGCGGGAAGAAUAA